CCUUUCCCCACCUCAUCUAGAGGUUCCUUGAAUGUCGCUGUGCUACUCGCCAAUACACAGCGAUGAAGAAGAUGAUGAUGAUAAUGCCGCAUACGAGAGUACUGGAGUGCCCCUUCCCCAACCAUCGAUCCUAUCAACGAACUCCCCAUUCGUCCUUCGUCCUGAUCCCUAUGCACCGGAUCUUGCCUCCCUCUUCCGACCCAAUGAUGACACUCCAGUAUGUGUCGUACAGCAUCCAUACAGCUCCCUCAAUACAAAGAUAACCCACGCUUCCGUGGUGGAGGAUGAUGAUGAAUCAGAGCCUACCUAUCUAUUUCUAGGAUACGACUCCGGUUUCGACCCGGACUCAAAGAAUGCCCGUCACAGCCAGACAUAUAACGCAGAUGCAAUACUUGCCUGGGACUGCUGCACAGGAAAGGUUAUCGAUUCUCUAGCCAUCCCGGGUGCAUCUUGUAUGUAUGUGCGUGCAAGCUCCUCUGGUAUGGUUGCCGCUACUACGAUAUACGAGCGAGUGAAGGCACGCAGAAGAGGUGUAUUCUUCCGUCCACUGACUACUAUAUACGUCUACGUAUACGCUGACCAGCGAUACCAUCAACUCAAGUCCAUAGCCCCUCGUGGAUACAGGAGUAGCCCUGUCGCCGUAGUUGCAGACUCUACAUGUGCACGAUUCAUGGUCAUCUUAACAAAGAACGGCAGACUGCUCCAUCAGCACCUCCUAGGCCCCAGCAUAUCCACUGAGGUAACUGCUCUAAAGGAUGGUCCUGGGCCAGAUGGUGCCGAGCUGGCCCUCCUUACUGAUGACAUGACCGGGAUACUCCUAGAGCGCUCACGACCUCGAAUCGUGGUCUUCAUUGCAGAAGCCCGUCACGGUGUUGAAGUACUACAACAAGUGGAUCUACGUAAAGUGAUGGAGGCUUCUGGGCAGAACUUCUCCCGACUGCUCUCCUCUGGAGCUCUCUUGCCUCAUUUUGGUGGUGAAGGCUUCGCUGUUCUAUGGAAGAAUAACUAUGUCUACUUCGACAUGUAUUCGGAUAUAGAGGGCAUCAAACGUGCAAGGCCUAAGAGCCGUACAAUAGCGUCAUUGAAGCGUCCUUCGGGGAUCGACAUCAUUGCUGCUGUACCUACUACUGUUCACUGGCUAGCUUUACAGCUGAGCGACGAUCGACUCCUGUGGAGGUGGUGGAGCCCUGGGGAGACUCUUAUCAAGGAAGAGCCGGAAACUACAGAAAGGGCUGUGAAGGAAGAGCCGGCAGCAGGAGAGGUUCAAAUGGCAGUAGUCAAGGCUGAGCCUUUAUCCGGACCCAUGGAUUCCAAUGGGGAGGAGGAGGAGGAAGAGCCAGACUAUGACGGGGCCCUUCGAGAUGACGAGAAGGGAGUCGAGGUCAUAUCAUUAUCCGACUCUGUUGACGACGGUUAUGAUAGUGAUAUCGAAAUCAUAGGGUCCGUCGCAGUCGUUGAUCUCGAUGCUGUGGAGGGAGGUGUAGCAGUAGAGGCGCCAUGGGGAGGUACGGCCAUGUACAACGAGGAUGAGAAUGGUGUGGUAUUACUUGAUGAUGAUUUGGAAGAUGAUAGAGCUGCAACAUCUGACCUCCUCUCCACUGUUAAUGCAGCAACUGACCAGGGUGCCGCCACAAGAGCCGACCCAAUAAAUGCUGCCACUUUGGAACUCCCUCCGGAUGCGAGGACUCGAUAUGCACCUGGUAAAAGCAUCGAGUUCAGCCCUUUAUCUGUGUCCACCUCGGCGAGUACAGCAGAUGAGCAUGCUAGGGAGCUGUGGGAACGGGCUAAGGCAGAUGAGGCUAUGGCCAGCGACGAGAUUGAAGCACAGGAUUGGGCUGCCGUACAUUGGCCAGAUGUAUUCGAACAGAACCUUAAGAGGAGGAGGAAGUGCGUGGAUAGACUGAUAUCGGACAUCGAGACGAACUGGUCCUCUACUCUGUGUCUCCGUCCGAGGAUUCCCCGUUAUUAG